GAAUGAAUUGACAAGAAUCAAUUAUAUUUUAGGUAGGUAUUACAAUGAUCACCUGAAAUCGAAUUUGAGCAGAUUGCUCGUUAGAUUAAAGCAAGUAUCUGAAUGAACAAACACCUUAUUCGAUACACAAGUAGGUUCUUUGUUAGGAAAGCAUGAAGUUUAGUGAUAUACACUAAUUUCAUUUGAAUAAGAGAUUCUUAUUAAUUAAAGAUAGCGCAAGGUAGAAUUAUCUCCAAUCCCAGUUUUUAGUUCAUUAUCAGCAAGGUUGAUGAAAAAGGCUAAGGUUGGACCAUGCUCUGUCGAGACCUUUGGUUGAUCAGAAUCUCUUGUGAGUAUGUGCAUUCCUCAGCCUUUCAGAUUCUUGGUUGUUGCCGGAAGGGUUGACAAAUAGAUUGGUAUUUUGAUUUGUUGAAAGAAAUUAACCUCCAUUGCAAUACUUACAUGGAGCUCUGAGAAAUAUAAAGAUUGAAAGAGAAAGAAUUCCUCCCAAAUUUCAUCUUGGCCGUAUUUUCCAGAUCUACUACGUCGUGAUGGUGUUUGGAUAUUUUCUUCCAAAUCAGGCUUCAAUUUCUUGUUCCUUAAAAAAAAAAGAUUGAACAAUAUAGAACUACAAAAUUACUAAUGGCAAAUGAAAAAGAUCUAUACAUUAGUUAUCUUUUUAAAUUCCUUAUUGGUUUACCGUACUGUCAAUUGAGCGAACCUUUCUUUUCUAGAGAUUGACACUAUGGCUGAUGAAUAGGGACUCAAUAAAAAAAAUCAUAACAAAAUCGUAGAGCGGUUGAGUUGAAAUGACUUUGUUUGAAGCCAAGUUCAAAUUUUUUAAGCGAAAGAGCAAAUCUUUAACAAUUUCUUGGAGAAGAUUAAAGAUGAACUCGUUCAUGUCUCUGACCUAUAUAAUUCUCAAAGAAAAUGUUAAUCAGUUUAAACCCAAAAAGUAUGGACUUGUCAUUUCAAAAGCUCCUCAAUUUGGAAUUAUAAAGGGUUUUACGUCUGUAUCAACCCAAGGAAUACUUUAACCUAACGCAAAACAAUUCUAGCUUCUAUCUUCCAGUAAAGGUAUAUUUAUAAUACGAUAGAGUUAUUUGGAUAAAUGACUAG